UAAUAAAAAAAAAACAGCCACACAAAUCGUGUUUUCCUACACAAAUUUAUGAAAUUUUCAUAAAUAUAACGAAAUAAAACACAAAAAAUAUUUAAUAAAUAGAAAAACAACAAAAUAAGAUAGUUAAGUGCAUGUGAAACAUAAAUAUUUUAAAGAAAAACUUAAUUUAACAAAGAACGACGUCAUAAAGUCAAGAAUUGUUUUGAUGGCCACCAGUAGCAGCAGACAAAAAGACCAGAAAAUUUGUGACAUUGUGUUAGUGGGUGCUAGAGUUUGGUGGAAAUUCUUGUGCUAUUAAAGUAAAACGUGUGGAAGUUUUAGGUUUUCGUUAAGUUGUUUAUAAAUAAAAUUGACAAAAUUUUGUGUUAGUGCUGCUGUGUUUGUUCACAAAGAAAAUGUCCUUUAUAAAACUAUUUGAAGAAUUUGUGCAAAAGAAAGAUAUUGACACCAAGUCUAAACUAUCAGCUUUUUUGAGCGAAGAUGAAGAGGUCACGCCAGAACCCGAAGCAGAACCUCCAGCUGAACCAGAAGGUGAUGAUGGAAGUACCACGGCUACAGCUGAUACCUCUACUGAAAGCAGCAAAAUGGAGCACAGCUAUAUACGUGAUACCACCCCCAAGCCGCAGAAUAAUAUCGAAAUAAGCAAUGGCUUACAACCGGCCCGUACUAUAUUAGUAAGACGUCCUCCACAAUGUCCCUCAUGUCACACAAAUCCCAUAGAGGAAGAAUUGACCGAUGCUCAUCAAGCGCCCAUACCAUCGUACAAUGAAAUUUCCGCCAAAGAGGUCAUGAAUGAAUGUGCACGCAUAGCAAAAUAUGUUAAAAAUAUAAAUGCCGAGGAUGAUGACUGGGAAUCAAGAGUAAAUCAAAUUGGCUGGUCAAAUAUGCAAAAGAAUUUGUUUGCUAAAGUUGCUCGCAUUUUGGACAAUGAUCAACUGGGACGAUUGUCCAAUGCUGGACGGCCUAAUGAAGCCAUGCAAAGAAGAGUGGUGGUGGAUAAGUCAGCCUCACGUAUGCGUAAAGCUUUAGCCUCGGUGGCCUGGGAUUCACGUUUGACUCAAUGGUUGCAUUGCCUCUUAAUGGACUGCUUACCCUCCACCUACAUGGCCUCAUAUUUAGAUAUUUUACAAACCUUAAAAUCGAAAUUACCCACUCUAAUGGAUAAAAUGUUAUUUGGACGGCCGCUAAAUGUCAGUCAGGAACUAUUGGCGCCGGUUAUGAAGAAAAAAUGGGAACCACAAAUUGCCACCAAAAUACGUAAAUUAGCCCAAAAUGCUGUCAUAGUGGCAUUGCCCUCAAUGCCCACUAGCGGUCUGGUGCCUAAUCGUUUGCAAAAAUGGUAUCAACAUUUGGCCACCAUAACGCAAAUUGUUCAAGUUACUUUGCCCAUGACGAGUGGCCAUAUUUCACGGCAACCUUUGGAACAGGUGGCCGAACAAAUUGUCUCUUUGACGCGAGUUAAAAUUCAGGAAUUACGCAAUGAAAAUUCUCAACGUUCAAUCAUUUUAAUUGGUUUCAAUGCGGGUGCUUCUUUGGCGCUUCAAGUGGCCAUGUCCGAGAAUGUGGCUUGUGUGGUGUGCAUGGGUUUUGCUUACAAUACCUAUAAUGGGGUACGCGGAACGCCAGAUGAUCGUAUUUUGGAUAUUAAAGUACCCAUUCUAUUUGUGGUGGGUCAAAAUUCUGCAAGAUCAAGUCCCGAAGAAAUCGAAUCAAUGCGCGAAAAAAUGCAAUCUGAAUCUUCUCUGGUGGUUGUUGGCAGUGCCGAUGAUGUCUUGAGGGUACCAAAGUCCAGAAGGAAAAUUGAAAAUGUCACCCAAUCCAUGGUGGACACCAUGGUUGUCGAUGAAGUCUAUGAUUUUAUUAAGAAAAUUCUAAUAAACCCACCAGGACCACGUACCCCCACCGUCAUCAACAGCACAUUCUAUGCUAAACUGAAUAAAACAAACAACGCUGAGAAGACCACCGGGGGAUAUCAACGUAAGCGUAAAAAUGAGGGUGGAGAUCAGGAGGCAACUCCUGCUAAAUCAAAACAUAUAAUUGGACGUCCACGCUCACGUCCAGUAGCCAAUAGCUCUAGUACUGCUACGGUUACAGGAAAAUUAACGCAAAUGCACACAUCGACACCGGUAAUGAUGGGCAAGUCUCAGCCCCUUAAGAAAAACUUAUCGCCCACAAGCAUUACAAAUGAUGAUCUUAAUAUGGCCAUACAAUCACUAAUCUCUGAUUCUAAUGAUGCUGAUUUAAAUACCAGUACUGAUUCAAAUCCCCAAAAGAUCAUCACCAAUUUUGAGCUGGUGGCUCAAACAAAAGCAACACCCAUCAAGACUACUCUGCUAAAUACUCAACAAAAACAAUUGAUAAUCGGUUCUACGCCGGCAGUGGGUACAAAAAUCAAAAUGAUACCCUCCAAUCAAUUUGUGCAACUAAAGCCGACACCUUUACAAUCACAGUCCAAAAUCUAUACCAUAAAAAGUUCACCAGUGGUGGGCGGCAGUCAAGGAGAUGUCUCUGCCGGACCCAGAAUUGGUAGUAUUGUAACUACUAGUCCUGGUACAACCAGCAGCGGUCAACACAUCUUCACACUUAAGACACCCAAUGGCCAGACUACACAAUUUGCCACUGCUGUGGGUGGCCAACCAAAGUAUACGGUUAUUAAGAAUGCCAAUGGCAAUACCACUCUUCAAUUGUCUUCGGCCAAAACUUUACAUCCUGUCUCAACUACAUCCACGCCUUCAACGUCUUCGGGUAAUUUAGAUUUAUCGAAUAUUAUCGAUAUGCCCAUAUUAUUUGCCGACAAUGAGGGUAAUAUUUCGGAUGCAUCAUCAAGUACGGAAACUAAACCAGUAACAGCCAACAAAAGUUCAUCCGGUGUUGGACAAUUGAUCAUUAGCCAGAAAAUCAUUAAGGAGGCCAAUCCCACCAGUACCACUACAGCCGUUGCUACGGCUUCAACAUCUAGCGGCACUUAUGUCAUCAAUAAACCUGGAACAUUUCUGCAAUCCCAGCAGAUGUCUGGCAACAAACCCAAUAAAGUUGUAUUCAUCAAUCGUAAUACCAUGAAACCCUGUCCCAAUAUCCUAUCGCGUUCUAAUAUCUCCCAGCAAUUAAACAAAUACACUAAAGUCGUGUUGACCAACUCUAAGACAGCCGGCACAACACUGGUAACAAGACCGGGAACACAUCUUACAACCACCACCUCACCAAUUGCCUCAACAGUUAAACAAAUCAAUUUACAAGCUUUAAAUCAUGCCUCGACAGCAUCACCCGGUUCAACGCCCACCCGACCAUCGGGCAUAUUAAAUGUGCAAACGAAGAACUUACCCCAAAUACAAAUAAUCAAUAAUCCCAAUGCCACCUUUAUCUCCACCGAUAAACCACAAAUACGUAACAUUGUUGUUAAGUCGGGUGGUCUGAAGCAACUCCCACCACAUUUAUCCACACAAUUGUUGAAUCGCAAUCUAACCGUAAGAAAGUUGCCUCCUGGUAGUGUUACCAUUACCUCUUCACCUGUACAUGCUCAAGACAUUGAUAAUGCCUCCUCAUCGCCUGCUUCGUCCUCGUCAUCGUCGGCCUCCAACAUACAAACUUCACCAAAAAUUAUCACUUUAAAUCCCAUCAAUCGUACUACACCCACUACGAAGGGUGAUUAAAUAAAAACGUGCAAGUGAUUUAAAUUUAGCGUGCUUAAAAAUUUAAUUUUUCGGCUCGUUUUAUUUUCUUUUUUUUUGAACUGAAUUCUUAAAUAUUUUUAAUUUCGUUUUUAUACAUUAAUAGAGUUUUAUUUUUAGUUUGUAGUUUUCACAAAAUGAUGCAGAUCAUUUUUGGUAAUUAGCUUUUAGUAUUUAUGUUAGAGAUUUUCAUGCAUAAAAAGUAAAAAAUAAAGAAAUAUAUAUACAAAUUAAAA